AGAGCUUUUGGUUUGCUGAGGUUUGUCAGGUUUUCCAGCUCGGGGCUCAGCCAGCUGGCAGGAAGCAGGACAGAGGUCACUUGAAUUCAGACCACAUGUCCCUGUUAAAUACAUUAGCUUUUAAAUCAAUCUUUGUUCAAAGUCCAGUGAGUUGCAAGCCUAGUGCUCACCUGCAGAGACAGAAUUCCUGAGCGAACUAACAGAGCGGCUCCUCUUCCAUCUCCAGAAAUGACCUCCACCUUCAACCCCCGAGAAUGUAAACUGUCCAAGCAAGAAGGGCAAAACUAUGGCUUCUUCCUGCGAAUUGAGAAGGACACCGAGGGCCACCUGGUCCGGGUGAUUGAGAAGGGUAGCCCAGCAGAGAAGGCUGGCCUUCAGGAUGGAGACAGAGUUCUUAGGAUCAAUGGUGUCUUUGUGGACAAAGAAGAACAUAUGCAGGUUGUGGAUCUGGUCAGAAAGAGUGGGAAUUCAGUGACUUUACUAGUUCUGGAUGAGGAUUCCUAUGAGAAAGCAGUGAAAACACGGGUGGACUUGAAAGAGUUGGGUCAAAGUCAGAAGGAGCAAGGUUUGAGUGAUAAUACACUUUCCCCUGUGAUGAAUGGAGGUGUGCAAACUUGGACCCAGCCCCGGCUCUGCUAUCUCGUGAAGGAGGGAGGCAGCUAUGGCUUCUCUCUGAAAACUGUCCAAGGUAAAAAGGGGGUGUACAUGACUGAUAUUACACCUCAAGGUGUGGCUAUGAAAGCUGGAGUUCUGGCUGAUGAUCACUUGAUUGAAGUGAAUGGAGAGAAUGUAGAGGAUGCCAGCCAUGAGGAAGUGGUUGAAAAGGUGAAGAAGUCAGGAAGCCGUGUCAUGUUCCUGCUGGUGGACAAAGAAACUGACAAGCGUCACGUUGAGCAGAAGAUACAAUUCAAAAGAGAAACAGCCAGUUUGAAACUGUUACCCCACCAGCCCCGAAUUGUGGAGAUGCAGAAAGGAAGCAAUGGCUAUGGUUUCUAUCUGAGGGCAGGCUCAGAACAGAAAGGUCAAAUCAUCAAGGACGUAGAUUCUGGAAGUCCAGCGGAGGAGGCUGGCUUGAAGAACAAUGACCUGGUAGUUGCUGUCAACGGCGAGUCUGUGGAAACCCUGGAUCAUGACAGUGUGGUAGAAAUGAUUAGAAAGGGUGGAGAUCAGACUUCACUGUUGGUGGUAGACAAAGAGACGGACAACAUGUACAGACUGGCUCAUUUUUCUCCAUUUCUCUACUAUCAAAGUCAAGAACUGCCCAAUGGCUCUGUCAAGGAGGCUCCAGCUCCUACUCCCACUUCUCUGGAAGUCUCAAGUCCACCAGAUACUACAGAGGAAGUAGAUCAUAAGCCUAAACUCUGCAGGCUGGCUAAAGGUGAAAAUGGCUAUGGCUUUCACUUAAAUGCGAUUCGGGGUCUGCCAGGCUCAUUCAUCAAAGAGGUACAGAAGGGCGGCCCUGCUGACUUGGCUGGGCUAGAGGAUGAAGAUGUCAUCAUUGAAGUGAAUGGGGUGAAUGUGCUAGAUGAACCCUAUGAGAAGGUGGUGGAUAGAAUCCAGAGCAGUGGGAAGAAUGUCACACUUCUAGUCUGUGGAAAGACUGCCUAUGAUUAUUUCCAAGCUAAGAAAAUCCCUAUUGUUUCCUCCCUGGCUGAUCCACUUGACACUCCUCCAGAUUCUAAAGAAGGAAUAGUGGUGGAGUCAAAGCGUGACUCGCACAUGGCAAAAGAACGGGCCCACAGUACAGCCUCACAUUCUUCUUCCAAUUCUGAAGAUACAGAGAUGUGAUGAAAACAAGUAAUAGCUUUGGCUGUUUAUUUGAUAGCUGUUUCUGGGUAUUUAAUAGGAAUCCUUUCUCAAGGAAUGAGUUGUGACCUGUUUACUGUCUCUUUAGAAGAAAAACUCCACUGGAAACCAUUCACCAUGUGUGAUUGUCUUCUGUUAUCAUUUGUCUUACAGGCGGCUAUUGCAGACGGCUAAUUUUAUGCUUAACUUAGGAAGAGAUAAGGCAAGAGCUAGAUUUUUUUCAUGUGAUCUCUUCCAAGCUUCAACUUAACUACAUUUCUCUGUAUGAUGAUGUCUCUUACUUCUACAGGUUCCUUGAGCACCAAAGAUGAUUCAUAACUCUGUAUAGGUGACAGCUGCUUAUUAAAGCAUCUUAGCAGAUAAGCCUAUUAAAAUUGUGCUUUUGUAACAAUGUUGUGGUUGCUAGAAUAAAUACCAUUAACAAAUACCUUUUGAGUAUGCUUGAUAGUGCUUUUGUUUUGGAUUCACUUUUUAUGCUUUAACCUUCAUUUGCCUCUAGAAACCCAAAACACAAUAAAGUACAGAAUAAGACCUUAGUAAUAAAAU